UCUGAGUCUCUGUAAGGAAAUGGACAGUCCUGCGAGGACACGCCACCCUCCCAUGUCUCCAUCUGAUUUUCUGGACAAGCUGAUGGGCAGGACRUCUGGCUACGAUGCUCGGAUCCGACCCAACUUCAAAGGACUACCGGGUCAACAUCUUCCUCCGUCAGCAGUGGAACGACCCCAGACUCGCCUACUCAGAGUACCCGGACGACUCUCUGGACCUGGACCCGUCCAUGUUGGACUCCAUUUGGAAACCGGACCUGUUCUUCGCCAACGAGAAGGGAGCCCACUUCCAUGAAGUCACCACAGACAACAAGCUGCUCCGGAUCUUUAAGAACGGAAACGUGCUGUACUCCAUAAGACUGACUCUGACCCUGUCCUGUCCCAUGGACCUGAAGAACUUCCCCAUGGAUGUUCAGACCUGCAUCAUGCAGCUGGAGAGCUUCGGCUACACCAUGAACGACCUGAUCUUUGAGUGGCAGAAGAACGGAUCGGUCCAGGUGGCCGACGGCCUGACUCUGCCUCAGUUCAUCCUGAAGGAGGAGUCUGACCUCAGAUACUGCACCAAGCACUACAACACAGGUAAGUUCACCUGUAUCGAGGUGCGCUUCCACCUGGAGCGUCAGAUGGGUUACUACCUGAUCCAGAUGUACAUCCCCUCCCUCCUCAUCGUCAUCCUGUCCUGGGUCUCCUUCUGGAUCAACAUGGACGCCGCCCCCGCCCGCGUGGCGCUGGGCAUCACCACUGUCCUCACCAUGACCACACAGAGCUCCGGCUCCAGAACCUCACUGCCAAAGGAAGUGGACGUCCAUGAGAGCAGACUGACCUCCCCAGCAGCCAUCUCGUCGACUCCCAGCAGCAUCAAAGAGUCCAAAGUCAGCACCAACAAUGCCGUGAUGGCGUCGAGCAUCCCGGCAGUCGCCGCCAACCCUUCCCAGAAUGCACCUGGAGGCGGCGGCGGGAAAAGCUCGGAGGAGAUGAGGAAGCUGUUCAUCGAUCGAGCCAAAAAGAUCGACACGGUGUCGCGGGCCGGCUUCCCUCUGGCCUUCCUCUUCUUCAACAUCUUCUACUGGGUCCUCUACAAGAUCCUGAGACAUGAGGACGUCCACAAGCUGUAGAAGACAUUUAGUCCACUUCCUGUUCCUGUCCAGGGGGAUGCUCUGACAGGAAGUCAGCUUUCAAUCAAGGUUCUUUCAAGUGCUAAAUGUUUGUUUGGACUUUGCUUUUCAAAGAAGCAAAGUUUAAAAAUGGUGCCAACAAUGAUCUGCCAAUGAUCUGCAACAGGAAGUGAACAGGAAGUGAACAGGAAGUGAACAGGAAGUCUUCUGUUAGCGAUGUAACCGAUGCUCAGUGACAGUUACUGAUGGAGACAGGACGUUCUGCUGCAGGUUCUUCAUUCAAACAGAACUUCUGAGCUGCUCUGACUUCAUGGAAUCAGAUGGUAGUCCUGUGCAAAAGUCCUGAUCCGUCCUUGUCUCUUUAAGUUUCCCUCCAGAUCCAAAGUCUCCUAAAAGAUUCAUCUGAUGAUCAUCAUUAAACACAAGAAGAAGAAAAACACAUCUUUGCUUUUAUUACAGCAGAGUUUCUCCUCUGGUGUUUAGUGUUGAUAACAAACAAGCAAAGAAACAAACAAACAAACAAAGAAACAAACAAUCAAACAAACAAAGAAAGAAAGCUGGAGAGACGCCCUCCAGUGAUGAGCCAGCAGGAGGCGCUGUCAGCUCGUCUUACACUGACGGGCAGACUCCGCCCCUGAGACGACAGCUGUGAGGACAGAAGUAGAGACAUGUCAGGUUUUUGUCUGAAGACACGUAAACAAACUGAGUGUGUAACAACAAAGAAAACUUAAAACAAACAAACAUCUUGAAUAAAAACAGGUUCUAAUCAGGCUCUUCUCAGGUUUAAUGAUUCUAAUCUAACUCCAGGUCCUGCUGGCUCCUCAGGAUCUCAGUGGGCCAGGAUCAGGACCUGCUGAUCCUCCUCUACCUGCAGCUCAGAGGUCAUUUAGAGUCCAGCUGACAGGCUUCACCCUGCAGGUCAGACCGUGCAGUGAGGUUUUUGAUGACUCUCUGGAAUCUGAUAAAGUUCUGAUGAAUAAAAGUGACUUUUUA